UGUGUCGGGUGCGAGUGAAGACAAGGAGAGCAUCUCUGCAUUUCUCUGGUGGCUUCUAGGAAUCGCAGCCUUGACCUUUGCCCUCCUCAUGUCAGCCCUGAUGGGGAUCUUCCAAGAAACCAUCUAUAAGAAGUUUGGAAAACACUCCAAGGAAGCCCUCUUCUACAAUCACGCUCUUCCUCUUCCGGGAUUUCUUUUCCUGGCUCCGGAUAUUUACAGGCAUGGACUUCUCUUCAGUCAAACCAGACUGGUCCAAAUGCCGUUGAUUGGGAUCAGCCUACCCAUCAUGUGGUUGUAUCUCAUGAUGAACGUCAUAACUCAAUACAUCUGCAUCCGGGGGGUCUUCAUCUUGACCACCGAGUGCACCUCCUUAACCGUCACGCUGGUCGUGACGCUGCGGAAGUUCGUCAGCCUGAUCUUCUCCAUCCUCUACUUCCAGAACUCCUUCACCGUCUGGCAUUGGCUGGGCACCUUCUUGGUCUUCGUGGGGAUGUUGUUGUACACGGAAGUGUGGAAAAAUCUGGGAUUCAUCCGACCCUGUGGUCCCAAGAAGGUGGAAAAGAAGCAGGAAUGAUGAUGGAGAGCUUUCCGUCGGACUGAGGCCUUUAUCGCUAGAGGGUUUCGCACCGUUAGGACGGAAAAGGAGUCAGAUUCUUCGCUGGCGGGACGGGAACAUUGAUUUUUGUAACGCAACAGUUGCAACUCUUGGCUGGGCCAAGCUGGCAUACCCCCCUUGGAGAAGGGGAAAACGGUUUUUGCGUCUUUGGGUUGUCGAGGUGACAAUGAUAAGGUGGUUUCUGCGACUCCAUUAAUUGGGCAAUUUUGCCCCCGAAGUUUGCAAAACCCCCCACAAAUAAUCAACAUCGGCUUCUUUUGGUUCACGGAGAUCAAAUUAUUGGGAUCAAACUCGGACUUUAAAACAAAUAUGUGUGGAAGUCGCUGAAGUGGUGCGGCGGCCUAGAGGUGGAGUUCUCGCCUCACAAUCAAUUGUGCAAUGUAUAUGCAUAUUUAUAUUUAUAAUGUGUGUUGACAAGCAAGUAGAGUUGCUUUCCUUGGUGCUAUGAAUCCGUGUUCCUCAACAACUUUUAAGAUGUGUAGACUUCAACUCCCAGAAUUCCCCAGUAUGGGGAAAUCUGGGAGUUGAAGUCCACGCAUCUUAAAGUUGCUAGGUUGAGGAACAUAAAUAAUGGAGAAGUAUUUUCUUUCUUUCUUUUAUCCAUAAAUGCAUCUCAUCUGGUUACUUUGGUGACAUGGUUAAAGCACCAGAAAUCAGGAGACUGUGAGUUCUAGUCCUGUUUUAGGCACAAAGCCUUAAAAACUGAGCCACACACUUUUUCUGAGCCCUGGGAAGGAGGCAAUGGCAAACCAGUUCAAAAAAAAAACCUUGCCAAAAAAACCUACCUGGCUUUGUCUAGUCGCUGAGAAUCAGGCAAGCUUUAAUUUUUUAAAAAAACACAAUUUUCGUUCUUAUCGUUUUGGGGGAAUUUCCCCAUCUUCAAUGUAGCUGAAUAGGGUUGCGUUAAAUUGCGAUGCCCUGGAAUUGUUCACAUAUUUGUGGGACCCUUUAAUCUAGGAAGACAUGCACAAGCAUGCAUGCGAACACGGUUGGGGGUUCAAAGCGCUCCCUUAAAAGAUAGAAUGACUGCAAGCGAGCACCCAGCCAGAUAAACUAGGUUCCUCUUAAACCUGGUUUGUUUCUUUCCGCUGGCGCGUAGCGGUUUUGUGAAAAGCCAACUUUUGAGUUGAACACUUGGUGCCAAGCCAGAAAAGAGGUUAAUUGACGUAACUCGGUUAAGCCUGUUGUGGGUUUUGCAAGACCUCUUCUUCGUUGGCCAAAGAUGGUUUCCUAUCUAAGUUAGUUGGUCAAAUGCAGGCUUGGUUUAGCAGCUGCAAAAUGUGCAAGUGGUUUUGUUCCUUUCUUCCUCCGUUGCUUGAAGGCAACACUGAAGAGAGGCGUUCUUGAACGGUGUUUUGGCUCCUCUACAAAUAAACCCACAUUGUAUUAGCUAGUCAACCAACGUGGACGUAAUCUGUUUUUUGCAGGAAAAAUAAGCCCGGAAACCCAUUUCGUCGUGAACAUCAAAAAUCUGGUUCGUCUCGUGAACACAAUCAUUCUCAUAUUUAAUGGUAAUUCUGGUAUUUUCUGUCGACACGAUACCUCAUCCUCGCACACACACCGGGAGUCAGGUUUGGAUAGGAUUCUUUCGCCAUAAACUUCAUUGAGUAUACAGCUGAUGUUUUGAGCAAGAAGAUAAGUUUUAAUUCAUCCCUUGAAGCUCUUAGGUUUGAAAAGAGAAACUUUUGCAAGGCGUAGAGAGAUUGUAGUAUGGGUGUCUCUUAAAAAAAAUACCCUGUGUGGAUCCUGGCUGAAAAUAGAAUUUAUUCAAUAAAGAAUGUUUGUGAAA